AUGACAAAGGACCGCAUUUAUGCCAUGGCGUUCCACCCGACCGAGGACAAGCCAAUUGUGUUUGCCGGCGACAAGGAGGGCCGGCUGGGCAUUUUUGACGCAUCACAGGAGCCGGACAUACCCGUCAAGGAGGAAGACGCAGACGACGACGAGGAAGCAGAGGCGCCCGAGCCUGUGAUUGUCGGGUUCAAGCCGCACGCUCGCACCAUCUCGAGCAUCCACGUGCUGGACAGCGACCCCAGCUCCGUCUACACGGCCUCGUACGAUACCACCAUCCGGAAGCUCGACAUCCAAGCACAAAAGUCGGUCGAGGUGUAUGCGCCGCCCGACGACGAGGGCGACGCAGACAUGGCCAUCUCCUGCAUGGACUUUGCGUCGGACAACCCGCACCUGGUCUUCUUCUCGACGCUGCGCGGCACCCUGGGCCGCCACGACCUGCGUGCCAAGCCCGCGUCGGCCACCACGAUCUGGCCGGGCCUGCACGACAACCACAAGAUUGGCGGCUUCUCCCUGAGCCCGCGCCAGCCCCACCUUGUUGCGACGGCCAGCCUCGACCGCACCCUCAAGAUCUGGGACCUGCGCAAGAUCGUCACGCACAAAGACGAGGACGGCAGCAAGGUCGACCGGCCCGCCCUGCUCGGCGAGGACCCGGCGCGGCUGUCGGUCUCGCACGCCGCCUGGGGCCCCGGCGGCCACAUCGCCACAACGUCGUACGACGACACCAUUCGGGUGUACGACUUUUCGGCCGUCCAGAGCACAUGGAAACCCGGGCAGGCCCUGGGCGACGACGAGACGCAACCGGCACACAAGAUCAGCCACAACAACCAGACGGGCCGGUGGGUGACCAUCCUCAAGCCGCAGUGGCAGCGACACCCGCCCGGCGGCGUGCACAAGUUUGCGGUGGGCAACAUGAACCGGUUUGUGGACGUGUACGCAGGCGCCACGGGCGAGCAGCUGGGCCAGCUGGACGGCGACGGGAUCACGGCGGUGCCGGCCGUGGCACAUUUCCAUCCGACGCAGAACUGGGUUGCCGGCGGCAACGCGAGCGGCAAGCUGACCCUGUGGAUGUAG